CAUCAACUGCCAAUUGCCGAGGCCGUGGGUCUCAGUCUCUCAUCAUGCCGUCCGCCAACUGUCUGCGGAACUUCUCGCAGCUGUCCCUCGAUGCAACUGCGCACUCGACUGCCGCUUCGCGAUUUCUGCAGCCGCGCGUGGCCUGCUUCUCCACGUCCGCCGCCCGCUAUGCGAACCCCCAGAUGAAGAAGAAGGGCAUGACGGCGGCGCCAAAGAAGGGAGUGAAGACUUUGAACACCAAGAAGAGCAAGGGCGCAUCAGGUGCCGAUGCUGGCAAGCGGCCAGCGCAGGGGGAGCGAAAGGCACAGCGCAAGCGCAUUGUGCUCAGCAACAACAACGCGUUGGAGGUUUCUUCUUUGAAAGAUCUGACUAAGACGAACGUCCUGAGCGAGGCGAACGAGGGUCUAGUCAUGGGUCUCCCGGAACCCGUUGUCGAUGCGCUGCGAGAUGUGGAAGCUUUCAAGACGACUCAGGGCUGGAGCUUCUUCCGGAGGCCGGCCGUGUUGGUGAGGAAGGAGGCCAUUCAGCUUGCGAAGUUGUUCAAGGCGGCAGAGGAGGCAGCCCCUGGCAAAGACAAGAAGACUAUCCGCCGGAUACUCACUGGCAACAGGAUGAGCGGAAAGAGCACACUGUUGCUUCAGGGCUUGAGCAUGGCUUUCUUGAGGCAGUGGUUCGUUAUUAGUCUUCCAGAGUGCCAGGACAUUGUCAACGCCCACACCGAUUACGCACCCCUGGAGGGCUCCGAGCCCACCCAGUACACACAGGAUACCUAUACUGCAGCUCUCCUGUCACAGACCCUCAAGGCGAACAAGGCUUACUUUGAGAAUGCAAAGAUCACCCAGAAGCACGACCUUGCUGUACCACUUCCUGCGAAGGCCAAGCUCAGUGACCUGGUCGCAAUUGGCGUCGCCAAUCCGGAAGCCUCCUGGUCCGUGUUCAAGGCUCUCUGGACUGAGCUAUCGCAGCCUGGUCAGCCACAGAUCCUUCUUGCUGCCGAGGGACUUUCGCAUAUUAUGCAAAACUCUGAGUACAUGAACGCCGACGUAAAGCCCAUCCACGCCCACGACCUGACCAUCGUCCGUCACUUUGUCGAUCACCUGUCUGGUGUCAAGCAGCUGCCCAACGGCGGUGUCGUGCUCGCCGCAACCUCGAAGUCCAACGCACCCGCCUCGCCAGCCAUGGACUUCCGCAUCAAGUCAGCAGAAGCUCUCAAGAUCCAGACCAGCAUUCCGCAAUGGAACCCUUACACAAACGGCGAUGCACGCACCAUGGAGGCUCUCAAGGACCUCGAAAACCCCAAGGCUGAUCUGGAUAUCCUUGAAGUUGGUGGUUUGAGCAAAGAAGAGGCCAGGAGCAUCAUGGAGUACUAUGCAGAGAGUGGCAUGCUGAGGCAUCAAGUCAACGAUGGCCUCGUUACCGAGAAGUGGAGCUUAGCGGGCAUGGGCAACAUCGGUGAACUGGAGAGAGCGAGUGUAAGAGCCAGAAUAUGAGAAUGGGAGAGUGGGUUGGAAAUAGCGUUGUACCAUAUGUUGGCAUGUAGCACUUGUAGUAUAUGUACAG